AUGAACCCCGAGGCGGAAGUGUCAGCCGCACCGGCAGAAAAGACACAGGAACCGAAAGUCGAAGAGCCAACACCAGAACCACAACAACAACAACCCCCAAAAAUCUUCGACACGACCUCCUUCCCCGGUCUAGGGCUCGACCCCGUGAUGUGCGCCCACCUGGCAACCAAGCUCAACUUCAAAGCCCCCACUCUCAUCCAACGCGCCGCGCUCCCAUCCCUCCUCCGCAACAGAGACAAAGACCACGUCCUCCAAGCCCAGACGGGAUCCGGGAAAACGCUAGCCUUCCUGCUGCCCAUCCUGCACAGAAUGCUGAUGGCGGAGAAGGAGUUUGGGGAUAGCGCGCAGGAGAUGCUGAAGCGGGAUCUGGGCACGUUGGCGAUCGUGUUGGCGCCGACGCGCGAGUUGGCGAAGCAGAUUGAGAAUGUGCUUAAUUCGUUGUUGAAGUAUUCGGCGCAUGGGGCGGCGGCUCGAGUGUCACCAAUAAAAGCGAAACCGCCCACACCCACCGGCCCAACACCCGACACCCCCCGCACUACGCACCGCCACUGGAUCGUCGCCGGCAACGUCAUGGGCGGCGAAAAAAAGAAAUCCGAAAAAGCCCGUCUCCGCCGCGGCGUCACCAUCCUCGUCUCCACGCCCGGCCGCCUCCUCGACCAUCUCAAAACCACCAAAGCGUUCGAGGUCGGCAACCUCCGCUGGCUCGUGCUCGACGAGGCUGACCGACUACUCGAGUUGGGCUUUGAGGAGACAUUGAGGGAUAUUCUGCGGAUUUUGGCGGAGAAGAAGGAGGUUGCGGGAAGGAUGAGGAAACGGUUGAUGGUUAAAUCGUGGCCGCCGAAUCGACAGACGAUUCUCUGUUCGGCGACUAUCCAGGGCGGGGUGCAGAAACUGGCCGAGGAAGCAUUGACCGACCCGGAAUUCGGGGAUGUCGACGCGGAUGAUAUGGACAUGGACGGCGCGGACGAGGGCGCGGACAUCACUGUCCCGAAGCAGCUCAAACAGCAGUACCUGAUCGUCCCCGCGAAGCUGCGACUGGUCACAUUAGUCGGCGUGUGCAGGCAGAUCAUCAGGACGUGGGAGUCGAAUGCGUUGGUGAGGGGGGACAGAAAACCGUGCAAGAUUAUGAUGUUUGUGUCUAGCACCGAUUCGGUGGAUUUUCAUUACCAUAUCCUGGCGAAUGGGCAUAAGGCGCCCCUCGCCCCACCCCCACCCACCCUCCUCCAAACCACCAACCCGUCCCCAACCCCCCUCCUCCCCUCCCCAACCCACAUCUACAAACUCCACGGCUCCCUCCCUCAAUCCGCCCGCACAGCCGCCUACACCGCCUUCACCACCACCCCAACCCACGCGGUCCUCUUCUGCACAGACGUCGCCGCCCGCGGUCUCGACAUGCCCGACGUCGCCGCCGUCAUCCAGUACGACCCCCCCGCAGACGUCAACGACUACGUCCACCGAGUCGGCAGAACAGCCCGACUGGGCCGACAGGGCCACGCCAUGCUCUUCCUCCUCCCCUCCGAAUCCGAAUACGCGCCCUACCUCGCCACCAAGAACAUCCACCUAUCGCAAGCCGACAUCGCCGCCGCCCUCGCGUACCUCAUCGACACGCACGACCCCCUCAAACCCCUCCGCGCGAACAACGCAAAGGGCCGCCGACCGUACGAGCUCCCCGCGACGAACCUGCACAUGAUGUACGAGCGGUUCACCCUCGCGCACCCGGACACCCUCACCCUGGCGCAGUCGGCAUACACGUCGCAUCUCCGCGCCUAUGCGACGCAUACACCCGCCGAGCGUGCGUUUUUCCACAUCAAGAACCUGCAUCUGGGCCACAUUGCGAAGGCGUUCGCGCUGCGGGAUAAGCCGCUGGAUGUCGCGGAUGUGGAGAACGCGAGGAGGGCGAAGGAGAAGAAGAUGGAGAGGGAGGAGAUGAAGAGGAGGGAGAAGCCCGGGAGUGCGAUGUAUAAGAAGCGGAAUGAGGUUUUGUUGAGGGCGAGUGCGAGUGAGUUUGGGGAUGGCGGGGUGGGGAGGAUUAUGGCUGUUGGGGCGGGGGAUAAGGGCGCGGCGAAGAGACGGAGGAAGGCGGUUGGGAAGUAG